AUUUUUUUGUUUUGGUCAAAAGAAAAUGAGAGUAUAAAUAAAACCAAGGCUCCACCCUCUUCUUUCUCCUCACAAGACAACUCUCUCUUUUCUCGUUCUGCUGCUUCAACUCUCCCUACUUUCGAUUACAUUUUAAUUUCUGUUUUUUUUUUGGGGUUUCAACUUUCAACUUUACAAGUUUCAUGGAUCGCAAGAAUGAGGCCGUGGCGAUGGACUUGCUAUUGGAGGAUUUCGAUCCGACGGCUGUGGUUGCAGAGCCUCUGCCUACGGUCGUAACCAGCGACGUUAACUGCGAUCUUAUCGGAAAGUUGGCCGAAGAUCUCAAAGGCAGCCUAGAGAAACCGAUGGUGCUUGGCAGGAACGUGCAUACCACGUGCCUGGCCGUGACGGAGCCCGAAGCCAACGACGAGUUCACCGGCGAUAAAGACGCCUACAUGGCUAGCGUUCUUGCUCGCUACCGCAAGACCCUCGUCGAAAGGACCAAGCACCAUUUGGGUUAUCCUUACAAUUUGGACUUCGAUUAUGGUGCUUUAACGCAGUUGCAGCAUUUCUCCAUCAACAAUUUGGGGGAUCCGUUUAUCGAAAGCAACUAUGGAGUCCAUUCGAGACAGUUCGAAGUGGGUGUUCUAGAUUGGUUCGCUCGGUUGUGGGAGAUUGAGAAGAGCGACUAUUGGGGAUACAUUACCAAUUGUGGUACAGAAGGAAAUCUUCAUGGAGUUUUAGUUGGGAGAGAAGUAUUUCCAGAUGGGAUUCUGUAUGCUUCUCGAGAGUCGCACUAUUCGAUAUUUAAAGCAGCGAGAAUGUAUAGAAUGGAAUGCGUAAAGGUUGAUUGUCUGAUCUCUGGUGAGAUUGAUUGUAAGGAUUUCAGAGCUAAGCUUGUUCUUAACAAGGAUAAACCAGCCAUCAUCAAUGUUAAUAUAGGAACAACUGUCAAAGGAGCUGUUGAUGACCUGGAUCUUGUCAUACAAACCCUUGAAGAAUGUGGAUUCAAGCAAGACCGGUUCUACAUUCACUGCGACGGAGCAUUAUUUGGACUCAUGAUGCCUUUUGUCAAACGUGCACCAAAAGUUACUUUCAAGAAGCCCAUUGGAAGCGUCAGUGUUUCUGGUCACAAGUUUGUAGGGUGUCCAAUGCCUUGUGGUGUUCAGAUAACAAGGCUGGAGCACAUUAAUGCCCUUUCAAGGAAUGUAGAGUACCUUGCGUCAAGGGAUGCCACAAUCAUGGGAAGCCGGAAUGGCCAUGCUCCUAUCUUCCUAUGGUACACCCUCAACAAAAAAGGUUACAAAGGGUUCCAAAAAGAAGUCCAGAAAUGUCUUAGAAAUGCUCACUACUUGAAGGACCGCCUUCGUGAUGCUGGGAUCAGUGCCAUGCUGAAUGAGCUAAGUAGCACAGUUGUGUUUGAGCGGCCGAAGGACGAGGAGUUUGUUCGCAGGUGGCAGUUGGCUUGCCAAGGAAAUAUUGCCCAUGUCGUGGUGAUGCCAAGCGUCAACAUCGAUAAAUUGGAUGAUUUCUUGAAUGAACUAGUUGAAAAACGCUCAACUUGGUACAAUGAUGAGAAAGUUCAGCCUCCCUGUAUUGCAGCUGAUGUAGGAACUGAGAAUUGUGCUUGUGGGCAGCACAAGUGAUUCAUUUUUUCGCACUGAGCUUUUUGUACGGUAGUUUUAUUUAUUCCUGCAGCUUUUUGUAGGUUCUAGUUUUGUUUCAAUGGGUUUUCUCCCCUGGUUCUUGUGAACUCUUGUGAAAAUUCCUGUAUCAGUGGACUGCUUUUAUGGUGGUUCAACUAUUACUUGAUGCAUCAGAUGCAAGUUUUUGUUUUGUCA